CAGGAAACCAGAACUAUGAGACCCUCUCCCCUUGUUAAAAACCGAUUGAUCCGGUAUCCGAGAUCAGAAUCCAUCCUGAGUGGUCCUCUUUGUCUGGUACCAUCCAGAUGGUACCGAUCCCUAAACUACAGACCACUCUCUAAGACUGAAUCCGGCAUUGGUUCGGUGGUAUAUGAGCUCGUUAAAAGCAGGUUCAAGGAAGCUUGGCGCAAAUUUGAUCAACAGAAGCUCAAAGGGAAGAGGUUCAGGCCUCGGCUGGUUUCUGAAGGGUAUUUCGAAGAAGACGAGCUGGAGAAAGAAAACUUGUAUGAGGAAGUCGAUUUCGUCAUCUUCCAUUCACAGAGAGAGAGCAGCGAUAGUGGGCUGAGUCAAACUAAUAGUGCUCUGAGUCGUAAUGCCAUUGAGACGUCAGAUGAGGAUCCAUAUUACAGUUCACCCGCCCGCUCGAAAUCGUUCCCUUCCUAUGGACCGGAAUUCAGCGUCGGAAGCAGUAACAUUUCUGCUCUAAUGUCCUGCUCGGAAAGAUUCAGCCAGUGCAGCAGGAGGGGCUUAGGAAGGAGACACCUUUUCAAUUCAACCUCUACCUGCGACUCUUCCACCUACGUCUCUGUCCCGGAAUACGACAGUGCACCCAAUCUAGCGCUGGCGAAAAAGAAGUUUGUCGUGGACGAGGGAAUAGAUUUUCAGCGGCAUGUCAUCCACCAAAUAUCUCGAGCUCUAUCAAUCUGUAGAAGUCAUCCAAAGCUUGUCGAUCCUUCGGUACAUGCAGAAGCCGAAAAAAUUAUGCUUGUUGCCGCUUGCAAAAAACAGCUGCUCGAACUAUUAGAAUCAAUGAGAGAUUCUACAGAUUCUCCAGCCGCAACAUCCGAAAUGGACCUUUCGGUAACGUUGAGAAAUUUGAAGUUCGUCAGAGAAGGACGAUGGAAAAGUAGGAAAUCUAAAAAGCGUUCUUGGUUUUUCAUUUGCGUUCUGGAAACGGAUAAUGAAGUUAUGGCUAGCGAAAUGGUGAAAGCAGAAGGAAAAAAUAUUCACUUCCCGAACUCCUUCCAUUUCAAGGGACAUUCACAAGGCGAAUGUAUUGUCAAAUUACAAUUAUAUGCGUUGGCGUUGAAAAAUCGAAAAAAGAAGAAUAAGGAAAAUUCAGUCUUGAAAGUCGGCCCAUCGAGUUUAUCAAACGCCCCAGAGCAUACGUUUUUCUUCCUGUGGGGACAAGCUGAUUUAAAACCGUCAUAUAAGACCAAAACCACUUUUCAGCUGUUGAACAUAAGACCAGGAGCUUCGAUAUCAAGUACGUUUGAAGCAGACUUGGAAACCUCUCUGAUCAUUCCGAUAAAGAAAAAAGGAUAUCUGUCGGUCUUGGAAAACCAAACAGAUCAGUUUAUCUGGAAGCGCAAAUGGUGUGUUUUGAACGGAUCCAUCCUGAGCUACUGGAAUUACAAGUACGAAGAGGGCACAGUCGAGCCGCUAAAACAUGUUGACCUGCAUUUCGUAAGGCGCCUGCAGGUGGAACCAGACAGGGAAGGAACCAUCGUUCAACCGAAGUGCUUUGCCCUCCACUUUGAAGGAAACGAUCAGUUCUUCGCGUGCACUGACACAAUAGAGGAGCUUGAGAAAUGGCGCGGAAAGUUGAAUUCUGUUUUGGAACAUAUCUGGAGGUGGAAAAGCAGGGAUGAACCAUAAACUGACUCGUAUCUUCCUUUUAGAAUCCAAGACAGCAAUGGAACGUAUUUUUCCCUCACUAUAGCGAAUAGUAGGUUGUGGGAGACAUUGAGACCAGAAAUUGUAUAAAAGACGAAAAAUUAUUUUGAUACGUUUCUAGACUAUCUGUGAGCAAAUAUUCACAAAAAGGCUUCUAUUAACCAUUCUUCAGGCAGGUUUCAGUACCUAAAUCUGAAAAUGAUAUUUAUCUGGUAAAGAAUAGAGGUAAAUAUGUAAACUGAAUAUACACGCCAUUAUUAUUUGCUAAAAUCUAGUAUGAUUCAGUACGAUCCUUAUAAUCAUCUUCUAAUGCUAACAUGAUCGACAAAAAAUUAUAUAUCCCUACCUUCUUGAAUUGUAAACCUUUUCUCAUUUCGAAAUUCUAUCGUCAUUCUCAUUAUUCAAAAUAAGAUAUCUAUCUGAUUUUACAAUAAUUCAAAAUGCGAGAGAGCAAUCAAAAAAAGAGUCGGUGGCCAACUUUUGAGAAUAAUACCACACUUUUAUGCUGUGGUAUUAUUACUUAUGCUGUAAUAAUACUUUCACAGAACAUUAACUAAAAUUUAUGAGUUCUGUGAUCACAUUUGAAAGGAAAUAUGGAUUCAAAAGUUUUUUUGGUUUGGUAACAGUGUCUGAGGGAAUGUCUAAUAUAAAAGCUUUUUGUGAUUAAUUUGUGAAGAUAUGCCAACAUUUUUAUAAAUGUUAUAUAUAAUGUAAAAUAAUGUAAAUACGCCGCUUUUUAACCUGUAUGGGCACCUGGGCAUUUUGAUAAAGUUCCUCAUAUGGUUAAAAAACAUCCAUCUGUGUUGUAUAUAAACAAAUAUAUUUUUAUGUAAAUGUCAUA